AUGUCAUCUAUCAUAUUGCUAACAUUGAUGGUAAAUUUUAUAUGCGCUAGCAAUGAUGAAAAGCAAUUAUAUAUGGAUUUAUUAACUAAUUACAAUGUAUUAGAACGACCUGUUAAUAAUUCAAAUAUUCCAUUAGUAAUUAAAAUGCGCCUUUUCCUACAACAAAUUGUUGAUGUUGAUGAGAAAAAUCAAGUG